AUGGGAAAAAACGCAAUACGCAACGCAUCGUGGUCUCACGGCAUUCCUUACCUCACCCACCGCAACACCCAAAAACCAAAACCCAACCACACUCUCCUCUUAUAUCCUCCCUAAAGCUUCUACCUUUUUCCCACAACACCAAGCCCUACUUUUUCUUCUCUUCCUUUCAUCAUCGCUCUGCUCUUUUUUCCUCAACACCAUCUUCACUUCACUCUCUCACAACGAAAAUUCCUUUUUUUUUUUUUUCCCUCUUUUUUCUGUCACCCUUCUUUGAGUUUAUUCUGUGCUUCAACUUUCCACAAAGAGGGUAAAAGAUGGCAAUGAUUCCGUACCACCUUUCUCGUUUACCUUACCACGAUUCCCUCAAAGUACUCGAGGCUGAUAUACAGCACGCCAAUGCUUUGGCUGCUGCAAUUCCCAGAGCCAAGGGUGGGACUCUUCUUCAAAUGAAAUUGGUUUACAAUCACUUGGCUCCUCUCUUCCUGUUAUUUCUACAAUGGAUGGAUUGUUCUUGUGCAGGCUUUCUCCAUAGGUAUCUCAACCUCUUCCACAUAAUUAUAUACAAGGUACACAAUGAUGGUAGAUCAAGCAUGUCUACACAUGGAAGGAAGGCCACAAUUGGGGACUUUUAUGCCGUUAUAUUGCCGUCUCUCCAGCGGCUUCAUGGUAGUUUGGAGAAGUUGGAGGUUUGUGAAAAAGGGCAAUCAAGCAUAGAAGGUUCAAGUCAUGGCAAGAAGGUGACCGAAGAAGGUGGGAAACUUACCAAUGUUGAUUUGCAAAGAGAAGAUGAAUGUGGGAUUUGCUUAGAGCCUUGCACCAAAAUGGUUUUACCCGGUUGCUGCCACGCCAUGUGUAUUAAAUGCUACCGCAAGUGGAACCGAAAAUCGGAGUCUUGUCCUUUUUGCCGUGGUAGCUUGAGGAGAGUUAAUUCAGAGGAUCUAUGGGUGUUAACUUGUAAUGAUGAUGUUGUUGAUGCAGAAACGGUUUCUAGGGAGGAUUUGUUGCGUUUUUAUCUCUAUAUCAGCAAGUUGCCAAAAGAUCACCCAGAUGCACUUUUUCUAAUGUAUUAUGAAUACUUGAUUUAGUUCUCUACUACAUAAGAAGAAAAUUGUACAGAUAGGAAAUUCCGGACUGCAAAUGUGAAUAGAGUCUGGUGAAAAAAGAAAAUACUUUGGUCAUUUAAUCACAGUUCUGGUACGAGAGAUUUCUGGUUUUUAAGCCCAGAAAAACCAUUCUUCUUACUCCUGUGAUAUAUCUCCAUUGUAGACAUUGUUCUUGCAAUUAACUUGGAAUUCCUUGUAUAAGGGUCCAUUAAGGUAAAUCAUCACUUGUUGACACAGACUGAUAUUGAGAAGAUGAAUCUGUUCUGUGUAAUUGUAUGAUUUUCUUUUUUACUUGCUUUGAAAUAUUAUCUGUAUGGGUAGCAACAGGAAUAAACUGCUACAAAAGGUUCGAUUGUAGAAUAAAGAUAAAUGUACGAUUUUAUUAUA